CAAGGCUGCAGCAGCCCUGUCCUGCACACGUGCCUGGGUUUUUGCUCAAACCCUUGCCUGCCUGCUGAUGCAACAGGAUGCAGGAGUUGUUCAGGUGGGGGAACACUGAGCCUCCCUGAAGGCCCAGGAGCCUCUGUAGUCCCCAGGCACCACCAACCCCUCUGAGGCUGAGGCAGGUGCACAGGUGAGAUGAAAUGGGAGGAAUUUGUGCUGCUGUGUGAUGAAGGAAUACCCAUAAAUAAAUGGGUUUUGGUGAAACUGAGCGGAUAACUCAUCACGUGCUUUACAGGAAACAAAGUCACUGAGUUCUGCUACAGCACAGCACAGCCUUCUGGGCUCCAGUGGCACAGGGGGCUGGGUUAAAGAGCCUCUUGUCCUCUAGGAUGCUGCCAACCUCUCCACUACUUACCUGUGAGGGGGGCUUGGAGUGAGAAGGUAGGUCAUAGCGAAGGCUGUAAGUGAGGUUGUGAAGUGAGGGAUCUGAAAAUUUAAGAUACAAGAGAAAGAAUAAAUGUGCCACACCCAUUCCUGGCACUUAGUUGGUUUUGGUGGGGCAAAGGCUGGCUGGAUUCUGACAGCAAAGGGGUGGAGACUUAGCUCAUGAGGAAUGUAUGUCUAAAGCAAUUUCCUUUUUUUUUAUUUCCGGACUAAUUUUCAAGAGAUCCGCGGGAGCGGCAGAACACCCACAGUGCUCAGACUGCUGCCCGUGCAGAGCCUGGCACCCCCGGUGUCGGAGCAGCUUCCCUCCCUUCCUCUGGGGCAGAGGCACUGCGGACACUCGGCCAUCCGCGGGCUCUGCAAGGUGCAUGUAACCCAUUCCUCCUGCAGUACAGAACAGGCUGUUCCUGCUGCCACCCAUCUCUAAACCCCUGGAAUGGAGGCUGAGCACAGGAAGGAUGUCACAGCUCAGGCGAGGACACCCCACUAAACAGAAAACCUUCUGCUGGGUUCGGCAGUGAGUCAAACUGCUCCUUGGAAAUUUUGGGUUUUGUUCAUUAACAGCAGGAUUUCCCUCACCAAAGACAAUGGAUUACAAAACAUUACCUGUGAAUGAAUGGGUUGAGAACCAUGUCAAAUGUUGGCUGGAAUCUACUGGAAUCAAGAAGGAGUAUGUAGAUAAACUACAUGCAGAAGAAGUGACAGGUCCAGCACUAAUGGAACUGGAUGAGGCUUUCCUCAAAGACAUAGGAAUGAAGAAAGGCCAAAUCCACAUCUUCAUCCAAAAGAGAAAUGAACUUCUGCAGCUCCAGAACAAUGCACAGCAAGGUGAUGGCUCCAGCAGUAAAACACCCAACAGGAUGGAUGCACAAACAGACCCAGCCAGAGCCAGCAGUGCCCCUGCUCAGGGCACAGCCAGUGGAGGCAGCUCUGGUGCUGUGGGAACAACCAGCAGUGAGAGCACAGCUCCUGCUUCUGGCAAGAAACAAAAAAGCAGCAAGAAAUCCCAGCUUCAAAGUGCUGAUGAAGUUUUAGAGCUUAGAAAAUGUCGACCAUUUAGAAGUCAGGAUACUGAUUUCAAAUAUGUGAAAGACACAGUUCUUGCUCCAGAAUCAGGAGCCAAUGAUUUAAUCACUCCUUGCCAUGAAUACAAAUCUUUUGCCAUUGCUGCAGAACUGAACAAAGAUCAACUGCAAUCAAAAUUUGCCUCUGAAGUGAUAAGAUUUGCUUCAGCCUGCAUGAACAUUCGAACAAAUGGCACCAUCCAUUUUGGUGUCAUGGAUAGUGUUGAGGACAAGGCCCAGAAACACGGACAGAUCGUUGGCAUGAAGGUCAAAAACCGAGAGGACUUUGUUGAUGCACUGAAUUAUAUAGAUAGGUGCUUUUGCAAUGAUUUACAAGAAAUUGCAUGGAAAUGCAUUCACCCACCUGUGUUUGUUGAAGUGAUUUCGAAAGACUCUCAGGAACAAAGAUUUGUAGUGGAGGUUGACAUUGAACCAACAGUCAGCUUGGUAAAGAACAAUUGUUUUGAAGUUUAUUUGCCCAAAUACAACGAAAGCAGUCGGAAGGUGAUCCUGCCCAAAGAACCAGCUCUCUACCAAAGAUUAGGAGCAAAGUCUGAACCUGUGCAGCGCAGCAAACUCACCGCUUUCAUUCAAGCUAUUCAAGACAGGGAUGCUCAAAGAGAAAGAGCUGAGCUCUCCAGCACACAAGCACCUACAGAAAUACCUCAAGAUUUAGGGAGAAAGUUAUCAAUUCUAUUAAAUGAUGGCAAAAGCCACAUGGAUGAUUCCCUACGGUACAUCCUUGUCACAAACAGAUGUGAACAGGACAAUCUGAACCACAUUAACUUUUUAAUGCACUUGAACAUUUUCUGUGUCUUUGACUUUGAUGAACAUUCUAAUGUGUCAGGGCUGUACAGCAAAUACAAAGAGCACCAUGAAACAAGUCCUUAUUUUUUACAGGAUUUUUUCAAAGAAAUUAAGACUGAUAAUGCUCCCUCUCAGAAAUUGUUUGAUCAGACCAGCUGGAUAUUCUGCAAUGGGCGCAGUGACUUCCUUGGGGAUGAAAAACCUUGCGAUGAGAAUACAUGGAUUAGAACCAAAAAAAAAUACCUGAAGAAAGUAAUUACUUGUAUCUGUGAGGAGAUUCUGCCAGAGCGCUCUUUCAUUGUGCUGUUUCUAUUGCUAUCACCAGUGCAGAAACCACUUGUGGACACUUUUCAGGAGUUCUAUACAGAGAUGAAUGGCAUGGAGUACAUCGUCUGCAUUACAGAGUCCAGAGAAAAUUACAACAAGUGGGCUAAUCUAGCUCAGGAAUCCUGCAGCAUUGAGACACUAGAACAACGCAGUAUUGUGGGUAUGAAGCUCAGUCACGUAGAUGCCACCAUCCAGUCAAUGCUGCCUUCUACAGCCCAACCCAGACACCUGCCAGCUUCCACUGGAGGCGUGUGUAUACUUCCCUCUAGGGAAGAAGAGAAACUGUGCUCCCUAGAAAUCCUUUGUGCUGACCAAUGUGAUGAUAUCAACCUGACUGAAGAACAAAAACUAGAAAUAGAACAAAAUUUUUACCGCGGGAGAAAAAUCAUGUGGGAAAACUUGUGGCUUGCUGAUAAAAAACUCUGUGGGGAUAUCAUUGAGCGUGAGGCAUGCACAGAGGCAAGCAAACUCUUGGAUGGCAUUUUACGAGGAAGCGGACAAAAUUAUUCUGUGGCUAAACUGAAGAUAUUUCACCAUCCUGGAAGUGGUGGAAGCACAAUAGCACGGCAAGUUCUAUGGAAAAACAGGAAGCGUUUUAGAUGUGCUGUUAUCAAGACUUCAUAUUCACAUUCCACUGUUUGUAAGCAUGUGCUUGCCCUUAGAGAUUAUGAAGAAAAGGAAAUCACUCACUGUUUUCCUGUGCUGCUCCUGAUCGAAGAUUAUGAGGACGAGUACUUUGAAGAUCUACAGACUGAUUUAAUGGAGGCUGUAGCAACCAGAAAAAUGAAUACCUGCAAGCCUUACUUCAUCCUCAUAUGCUGCAGACGAUACAAUAACCCUGAAAGGCUUUGCAAGGCUUCGCCACUGGACACAGUUGCUGUCACUCACAAACUGACAGAGUCAGAAAAAAAACUGUUCAACACUAAACUUGAAAAACUGCAGCAGGAAUAUGGUGAACCAGAUUUUAUACUUACAUUUGUGCUGAUGUGUAAGGAGUUCGAUAAAACGUACGUGUCAGACGCAGUAGAGCACAUGCUGCAAGGCAUCGACCCUUCCUCUCGCGACACCUGCUUGAUGCGUUAUGUGGCUCUGCUCAACUGCUAUGUACCCAAUUCAUACAUUUCACUGUCACACUGUGAGGCUUUUCUAGGGCUGGGGGCAUAUACAGACAGUAAAGCAAGAACAUAUGAUUUUAAACAUCACUUGAGUGAACAAGUCAGAAUGAUUUUUAUUGAGCUAAAGGAAAAUACCACUUAUAUUUCAUCUAUUCGGAUAAUACACUGCCUGGUUGCAAAAGAAAUUCUGCGUCAGCUUUCAGGGAAUCAACAAAGUCAACUUGCAACAACUCUUCUCCAGGAAAAGGUACUCUUUGAAAACAGAUUUGGACGAGAAGAAUUCAUAAAAUUUAUCAGACAUCUGUUUAUUCGACGUGAUAAAAGAAGCAGGGGUGACAAUACUGAUACUCUCUUCUCCCCAUUCAUUGAACAUGUCUGUGAAGCUGAAGACUGUGAAAAAGCCAUUGCUGUUUUACAAGCUGCAUAUGAACUCCUUGGAAAAGAUCCUUUUUUUGCCCAGCAGCUUGCCAGACUAAAUUACAGCAAUGAAAAAUUUGAAGAUGCUAAAUACUGGGCAGAGGUUGCAAAAUCACAUUUGCCAACUGAUUCUUAUAUUUUGGAUACAGAAGGUCAAGUCUACAGGAGAUUGUUUAGUUUCACUGUGGACAGAAUGACAGAGGAGGACACCCCUGAACAGAUCACUGAGACUAUACUGAUUGCUCUUAAGGCUAUGAAAUGUUUCAGGGCUGCACAACAGGCAGCAAAGAGAGAACGUGAAAGUAUGAACAAUGCUGGCUAUUAUGGAGAAGUAGAAGUAGGUUGUCGCCUUCUUCGAUUUUUGUCCACACUGCCUGUAUUCCCCAGAAGUCCAGAGGGGGAAUAUCCUGAACUUGUGAAGUAUCUCACCACAGAUUACAUUCCUGAAGACAUAAGAAGAACAUGGGGAGUGCUUCAUUCCCGCUUGAAAGGCUUGCGCCAGAACCUGUACAACGCUCUGGAAUGGAUUUCAGAAGAACUCAGUUAUUUCCAAACAGAGAAAAACCAAGAGAAGGAUGAUGAAAAUGAUGAUAUUGAGGAACUAAUUGAUAAUCCCAGAAAAUGGCUGAGAAGACAAUCAGCAGUAUAUGCUAAAUUCUUCAUCUCAGCAUCACUUAUUGCUGAAAGCAACAAUGGUCCUAACACUGAGCUCAUGAGAUGCAUGAUUAUUUAUGGAAGUGGUGGAGGAAAUGUCACCAAUAUCCUGUCAUUCUUAACAGAUAAGAAAGAGAACAGGUCAGCUGAAAAGCUAGAAAGGAUCCUUAGUUUCUAUCCAGAAAACCCGCUGAGAAACAGGCUGGAGGACAAUGAUUUGAUCCAUUUUAUUUUGAGCCACAUCACAUUAGCCUGCUUAGCACCAGGAUCAGCCAAACUCCUUCCACUGCAAACUCUUCGUGAGCUCAGUCGAAGAUUCAUCAAAGGAAAAAGACAAUUUCCAGCAAGUGCCUUUUUUUUGCUCACCUUGCUGUACUGGCCAGAUGAGGCAUUAGACAAAGAGCCUAAUCCCGAAAAAGAUGAAAUUUUAACUUCAGCCCUUCAAACCCUGAAACGCUUAUAUGAUAUUAAAAUGAAAGAUGUUCCUACCCGAAAGAAAAGAAUCUACACCCCCUUUUUUUUAGGAAAGGGUUAUGGCUUAAGAAAGAUUGUGCACAGAAAUAAAAUUGACAAAUUGAUGGUGGGGACCUUAGAUGAAAGGAGAAUGAAGUGGUUGAAUGGAAGUGUAUGGAAUAUUCCCAUAAUUCGUGACAAUCUCAAAAGAGUUUGCGGCUGGACCAAGGACAGGCAUUUAUUUAUACGUGGUCACAUGAAGGAUCUCCAGAUCUUGCCACUCCAUCAUCUAUCAGUGCCUGCUGGAAAUGAAAAUGUGAGCUUUUAUUUAGGCUUUUCAUUUAAUGGUCUUGUUGCCUUUGAUAUUGUGGUGGAAAAUGAUCCAGCCAUCAGAAGAAUGUAAGGUAUGCAGUACAGUACUGAGUGCAUGUGCUUUUAGAAGGUUCUGCACUGGGACUGUCCAGUCUCACAUUUAAAACUGAAAGUGGACAGCCCUGGGUAACUACCAGGCAACAAGAAAAUCAGAAUUAACAACUAUAAUAGUGACCAAGUAACUAAAAUAGUUUGAAAUGAGUAAAAUGAACUUUGAUAGUUUUGGAGUCACAGAAAGCAAGAUUUUAAAUGAAAGACAGCAAUUGAUCCCUUUCUUCUUACUUCAUAGAUUAGGACUUGAAAUUAAUUUCUGUAUAGUCUUCAUCAGUAAAAGAAUUUGUCCAGUGUUUCUUCCUGAAUCAGCAAUAGAAAAGUGAACUCACACAACAUACACUGCUCUCUGACAUGUAUGAAGUAACUAGCAACUGCAAAGCCAGCAUCAGUAUGGAAGCAAUUUUAAAGCUGACUUUGCAAUCAGGACUGAUAAAAAACAGGUCUCAAAUUCUGCAUAACUCCUACAUUCCUUCUCUGUAUAAAUAUUACUUAACUAUUACCUAUCUGUGUCUGGGGUGGGGUGCAGAGUCAUGGGUGACAUAAAAGAUUAUUGGUAAGCACUGUUAGGAGUUCAUAGUCCAAACAAUUCCUGCACUUGGUGACAUGAUUUUGCAUUAUCAUCCAUGGAACGUCUCAGAAUACAGAAUUCAAAUUUGUCUAGAGCAUAUAUUCAUAAUUUGAAAAAUGCAAAGGAGUUUUUCAGAGCUGUGUUUGCAAACAUAUUGUCACGUUCAGCUUCUAAUAACAAGUGUGCAUUGUUGGAGUGUCACUGUUUAACAGAAGAUACUGUGACUAAAAUUGUCAAAACCCCCUGUAAUGUAACUUGUUUUAAUCAAAUAAAUAUCUUUUAUGGAGGAUUACUAUUUGUACGU